GCGUCACUUGGGUUUUCCAGUCAGAUUUACUCCCCUCAGUGUGCGGAGAAGAGAGCGAGAUAACUGUUUGCACAGCAGCCAGACUCUGAUUAAGGAACUAAGGACUUCGGACUUCUAAGACGCAUUUAUUUUUCAUCAAGCUGUAGUGCAGACUGAUAAAGGAAGCCUCGACACGGGAAUCUGGGGAAACGCAUAGACCAGUUGUGCAGUAAACAUCUCGCUAGCGGUCGGGAAGUGCGACGGUCCUCUAUUCAACCUCUUCCGAAAACAACUGGUUUUAUUUUGUUUGUGAACUUUAGCUCAGAUUAGUAUCAUUCUCGGUUACUCUAGCUCGUUUAUUUUGCUCUUUUUAAGUACCAUUUUACACCUGGAGAAAUGUCCAGCCUGCUUUCCGUCGAACCCGAGAAGGGCAGACCGGAAGUGGCGUUACCUGGGCAACAGGCGCUGCACGAGCGUCCUCAGACCGUCUACGUCAUAUUAGACUCCUCAGCCAAAUCUGUCAAUCUCAUCAGUGUUGAACCCCUUCUUCCUGAGUCUGGGAUUGUGGCAGAUAUUGAGGUAGAAGGCGUUUUCUCCACCGAUUCGGACACUUUCUACGAGCUGAAGAGUCAACCCAUCACCCCAUGUGGCUCUGUGACCUCUGCUGACCCCGUGACCCCAGCCGGCUCCGUCAUGACGUCACGUGUGUUGAUGAGGCAGGAGCUGAUGAGACAGCAGGCUCAGGACCAGGAGAGACGGGAGGCCCAAAAACAGGCCUCCAGCGCUCAGCAGCGGCCCACUGAUGCCACCCCUGCCAUCUCUGUCGCAUCCGCCCUGCCGGCCACCCCGACCCAGGUGCCCGUGGAAGUGCUGAAGGUCCAAACGCACUUGGAAAACCCGACAAAGUACCACAUCCAGCAAGCUCAGAGGCAGCAAGUGAAGCAAUACCUCUCUCACACCCUUGGCAAUAAAAUAGCCAAUCAGACUCUGGCGACAUUGCCCUCGCCCCAGCCUGCCUCAGCCCCUGAGUUGGCUCCUGCCGCCAGUAGCACUCCCAGCAGCCCGCUGGCUGUGCUCAGCCUGGGAUCAAACAAAGAAGAGAUCGAAGACGUCAUCGAUGACAUCAUCAGCCUGGAAUCGAGUUUAAACGAUGAAUUUAUGACACUGAUCGACUCGGGUUUGCAACUUCCCAACACGCUGCCGGUCUCAGGAAACCUCCUGGAUGUGUACAGCAGUCAGGGCAUGGCGGCGCCCAGCUUCACCGUCAGCAGCUCCUGCCCUGCAGACCUGCAAAACGGCAAGAGAGAGUUGACCGAUUCCGAGGCAAAAGCUAUUAUGAAGGAGAGACAGAAAAAAGACAAUCAUAACUUGAUUGAGAGGAGAAGAAGGUUCAACAUUAACGACCGCAUUAAGGAACUUGGAGCUCUCAUUCCAAAGUCCUCUGACCCCGAGAUGCGCUUGAACAAGGGCACCAUCCUAAAGGUGUCAGUCGACUACAUCCGUAAGCUACAGAAGGAGCAGCAGAGGGCCAAAGAGAUGGAGACGAGACAGAGGAAACUUGAACACGCCAACCACAGCCUGCUGCUGCGCAUUCAGGAACUGGAAAUGCAAGCUCGUCUCCACGGCAUCUCAUCAUCUCAGAUCUCUGACUCCACGCUGACCCAGACUCAGACUUUAACUCUGGAUCACAACCCCAGCAACGACCUCUCCAAGACCCUUCUGUCCCUCAACCAGACCACGCCCUCUUCGUUCUUAUCUCCGCCUUCUUCCGCCUCCUCAGUGGGCGGGACGGUCACCAGCCCUCUGGACCUCGGGAUACUCAGCUUCGCCGAGCUGGACGACCCCGCGGCCUCCAUGUUUAAUCCAGCCCUAAUGGCGGAUAUGGGGUUAGGGGAUAUUUUGAUGGAUGACAGCGGCGCUCUGUCGCCCGUAGGGGGCGCCGAUCCCCUGCUUUCCUCGGUUUCCCCGGGAGCGUCCAAAACGAGCAGUCGUAGAAGUAGCUUCAGCAUGGAAGAAGACUUGUGACGUCUUCAAAUCGGACGCUAGUUUUGCUUUACGUUGCAAAUCCUGCUUGCGCGCUCCAUCGUCGGCCAGUAGAGGGCAGUGUAAUCCUAAGGUAUUUAGUAAUCGCCGUACUGUAGAAGUCUGAGAUCCUCAAUACGUUUUUUUCUAGAGGUGACACAAGUAUAGAAAGACUUCAUGAGCAGACGCUGACAUUUAGAGCCUCAUUUGUUAUCUGGACCUCUGAUAAAUAUAUAGAAGAAUAUAUGUACAUAGAGUAGAUUUAGUGCUAAACAUCUAUUUUGUGUUUUUAAUAUGCAGUUGUAUGAAAAGUAGCACUAUAAUAUUAACUUGUGAACACUCACCACAUGAAUUUAUGAGACAUGUUGGGGGAAAAAAAAACAUGCCUGAAUAGCAAAACAUAUGAUUAUUUUUUAGUUUCAGACCUCACUCAUGUAGUGGGCUCCAAAAGUAUGAGACUUCAAACCUGGAAAUAUGCAGGAUUUAAAUGAAUAAUGAAUAAAUGAAUCAUAAAAAAAAUAUUUUAGAUUCUGCACUUAAAAAGA